AUGGAUGUGGGCAAUGAACCCUUACCUUACGGGCAAAACACACAACGAGUAGUAACAAGAGAAUCGAGUAAUGAUUUAGAUAAAAAACGUCCCCACUCUUCAGAAUCCGAAGAUGGGGAAGAAAUAAGUAAACAGAUAAGACUAAGUAAUACAAGUAACUCAAACAAACAGUAUCUUCCUACGCCACUUUUCCUUGUGUUUAAACACAAAUACGAGAGCGACAAUCUGUCCAAAGUGAGUCCCUUUGUGAUCAACAAGGCAUUAGUCGGAGCAGGCGGUUCGCCGUCAUCGGUCAGGAAACUUCGUAACGGAACUAUCCUGGUUGAGGCGGUAAACGCUCUACAAGCUCAGAAGUUCCUCUCCAUGAAGACUUUUUACGAUCAGGUAGAAAUCACUGUACAGCCUCAUGAAUCUCUAAAUUGCAGUAAGGGAAUAGUUUUCAGUCGCGAGAUGCUGUGUUGCUCAGAAGCGGAACUGAAGGAAGAGUUAAAGGAUUCUCUCGUCACUGAUGUGGUGAGAAUAACGAGGGUCGAGAAUGGUGUACCAACACCCACACCAGGUCACAUUUUGACCUUCGCCCUCCCUCACCCACCAGCCACGAUUAGAGCAGGAUACCUUUCUCUUCAAGUUAAACCUUACUUCAGAAAUCCCCAAAGAUGUUUCAGAUGCCAGCGUUUCGGACAUUCGAGCAAAACAUGCAGCGGCUUAGAGACAUGUAGCAGAUGUGGUCAAAGUGGCCACAAUGACAAAGAUUGCACAAGCGGAGAAGAGCACUGUGUGAACUGUAAGGGCAAGCAUUCUUCAAGCUCUCGCAGUUGCAAGAUUUAUUUGGAGGAGAAAGAGAUAUUGAAGUUAGUUACACUAGAAAAACUGUCUUUUGGCGACGCCCGUAGGGAGUAUAGGAGACGACUUGGACAAACUCCAAGAAAAGACAUCUCCUACUCUCAGGCCGCUUCUGCUCCUCCAGCCCAGCCCGCACAGUGCUCCUCCUGCUCCGCUCUGGAGGGCAUGGUGCGAGAACUCACUAAACAGGUCGCUGCCUUGGUGCAGCAGUUAAAUGCCAAGGCCUUGCCGCAAACACAAGCGAGUAGUCAUACUACUUCUGUCCCCGUAGCACAGGGACCCCCGAAACAAACAGGAGCCAUUCCCAGGCCAGUUUCUGUGUCCGUGGCACCCGCUAAAGGUAAAGAACGACCAUCUAACCAUUCCAAAACGGUGGAGGAAAGGAAGUCUCUCCAAGAGAGACUUAAAACCCAAAUCCGAUCGAAAGCUCAGGCGAGAACAAAGGGAAGCACUGUUUCACCCCCACUCCCAGCUCUUCUCAACUUUCCAUAG